AUGGCACAUCAUAUUGAAAUGAGUUUGGAUGACAUCAUUAAAGCUAACCGAGCUAAACUAAUUGUAUCUAAUCUUGAUUUUGGAGUUUCGGAUAAGGAUAUGCAUGACCUAUUUUCGGAAUGUGGAAUAUUAAAGAAAGCAGCAGUGCAUUAUGAUCGCUCUGGACGCUCCUUAGCUACAGCUGAUGUAAUUUUCGAAAGAGUCACCGAUGCCUACAAAGCAAUUAAACAAUACAAUGGAGUAACUUUAGAUGGACGACCUAUGAAUAUACAAUUAGUGACUUCAGACUUAUCGGUAUUCAAAAACGGAUUGCAAGAACGUCUUGGCAAUAGAAUAGCUGCUGUAAAAAAGCGACAAGCGCCUUCUCCAAAACAAACGAAAGAAGGACCUACUACAUCUCAAAAGAAGACAUCAUUUAAAAAUAACCAUGGUGGAAAAGGUGUUGCUAAAGGAAAAAAACGUGAAAGUCCGACAGCUGAAGAACUAGAUGCACAAUUAGAUGCUUACAUCAAAGAAAGAAAAGAUAAAGUCGAAACUGCUUGA